AUGUUUUUUCUACUAAUUUCUAGUUUAUUUCUACUAAUUUUAUUCCAUGAAUUAUACUGGAAGCGUCGAAAUUUCCCUCCGGGUCCAAUUCCGCUACCUCUAAUCGGAAACCUUUUAUCCCUUCGAAACCCGCCACCAGGUUAUGAAGCCUUCAUAUACUGGCGCAAAAAAUAUGGAGACAUUUACACGUUUUGGGUUGGCACUCGGCCAUAUUUAUUGAUUUCGGGUCUCGAAGCGCUCAAGGAAACUUUUGUGAAAGAUGGUGAAGUUUACGCGGAUAAGAAACCAAUGUCUUUUCAAGAAUCUUUUCGUGGUGGAAGUUUUGGGAUUGUUGAGACGAAUGGGGAUUUUUGGAGGACUCAUCGGAGAUUUGCACUUCAUCAAUUCAAGGAUUUUGGAUUGGGGAAAGAUCGGAUGCAGGAGAGAAUCUUGAUUGAGAUUCGGGAUAUUUUUGAGAGAUGUGAUCAGAAGAUUCUGGAAGGCCAGGCUCAAGAUGAAAAAAACAAGGGAAUCUUUCUGAAAGAUAUAUUUGAUCAAGCAAUUGGAAAUAUUAUCAAUCAAAUGAUGUUUGGAUAUCGAUUUGAGAAAUCUAGAAGUUCGGAAUUCCAGAAAAUCCGCAAAUUCUUCGAUUUCCAGACCGGGGAAUUCGCGACCUUCUCAAUGAGAGUUCAAUUUUUCCUACCCUGGAUGGGAUAUAUUCUACCAGGUCCUACAAUUCUCGAAAGAUUUGAAAAAUAUAGAAUUGGGUUUACUGAAUUUUUCGGAAAACAAAUCGCCGAUCACAAAUUGGAAAUUGAUUUGGAUGAUGAAGAUGGGGAGAAUAAGGAUUAUGUUGAGGCAUAUUUAAAGGAGCAGAAGAGACGAGAAGCUGACGGGGAUUUUGAGACUUUUUCGAAUGUGCAGUUAUCAAAUAUGUGCCUGGAUUUAUGGUUUGCCGCGUUGAUGACAACUUCAAAUACGACAAAUUGGGGAAUGGCGUAUGUGGUGAAUUAUUUGGAGGAGCAAAAAUGGGUGCAGGAGGAGUUGGAUAGAGUUGUGGCGGGAGAUCGAUUGAUUACGACGGCAGAUCGAGCGGAUUUACAGCGGACGCAAGCGUUUUUGAAUGUGAGUUUAUUGUGGGGAAAUUCGACUAGAGUCUUGUUUCGAUUGGGGAGUUCGGGAAAAACAGAUUCUGUAUUUUUUUAAUAUUCCACAAAUUUUAUUUCGAAUUUGAACAUUUCUGAACCAAAAUUGAAUUUUUCAAACAUUUCAGAACAGUAAAUAAAAUGUUUGAAUAAAAGAAAAAAAAGUUUUGAAAGCUAGUUUUGCGUACUGUAGAUUUCUGGGAUCCUCAGAAUUUCCAGAUUUUUAUUUAGAGAACAUAUGCCAUUAAUUUUUUCAGAAAUUAAAUUUCAAAAUUAAAGUUGACUUGUAACUUUUUCAGAAUUAUUUUUUUUCAAUUUCAAAAUUUUUUUCAAAAUUUUCAAUUUCAGAACUCAAGAUCAUAAAUCUGUUUUUCCAAAAGUAAUUUUCACAAAAUCCCAAAAUUCUCCAGGAAAUCCAACGCUGUGCCAACAUAGUUCCCCUAAAUCUCCUUCACAUGACAACUCGCGACACCCUAAUCAAUGGCUAUCAAAUCAAGAAAGGAACCGGAGUGGUUGCUCAGAUUAGCACAGUUCUUUUGGAUGAAAAAGCCUUCCCGGAUCCCUGGAAAUUCAAUCCUUCAAGAUUUAUCGAUGAGGAAAGUGGGAAAUUGAAGAAAAUCGAGGAAUUUAUACCAUUUUCGAUUGGAAAACGACAAUGUCCUGGAGAAGGAUUGGCGAAAAUGGAGCUCUUUUUGUUUUUUGCCAAUUUUUUGAAUCGAUAUGAGGUCGGCAUUUUUUUCAGGGGAAAAAAACCUAGGUUCUUUGAUUCCAGGUGCUUCCUGAUGAAAAUGGUCCACCAUGUAUCGUAAAAUCAGAGCUUGGAAGUAUGCACACCAAGGAUUUUAAUGUUAAACUUCGAAGGCGACAUUGA